AUGUUCUCUCGUUUCAACUCCAGACGCUCCACCGUCUACUCCACCCAGGGCAUGGUCGCCUCCACCCAGCCGUUGGCCAACGCUGCAGGCAUCAAAGUGCUUGAACAAGGCGGUAACUGUGUGGACGCUUCAGUAGCUGUUCUGGCGGUUUUGUGUGUGGUUGAGCCCAGCUCGACGGGCGUGGGAGGCGACUGUUUUGUGCUUUAUUAUGAUAAGCAAAAGAAAUCCGUCCAGGGUUUGUCGGGGCACGGGAAACUGCCCAAGAAGCUUGACAUAGAUGUGGUUAGGGCGACUGAACCUGAAGUGAAGGGUCCUCGGUUGCCAUUGACCAGUGUCCAUGCUGUGACUGUUCCAGGGGCUAUUUGUGGGUGGAUAGAUGCUGUGGAGAAAUGGGGGUCGGGGAAAGUGUCGUUGCAGGAGAUUUUGCAGCCGGCUAUUGACUUGGCUCAGAAUGGGUUUGCAGUGUCUUCAAUUGCUGCUCAUAUGUGGCGUAAUGCGCUGGAAAAGUUGGUUAAACAGAGUGGGAAAAACGCAGAAACGUUUUUGAACGCCGACGGGUCGUUCUGUAAGGCUGGCGAUGUGUUUACCAACAAGCCAUUAGCUGAAUUGUUGCUGAAGGUUGCUAAGGAAGGCAAGAAAGGUUUCUACGAGGGCGACGUGGCCCACGAAAUCGUCAAGAAAAUCCACGAAAAGGGUGGCGUCAUGGAAUUGGACGAUUUGGCUGAGCACAAGUCUGAGGACGUGGAGCCUUUGAGUAUGGACUUUGAGGGAAAGUACCUCUGGGAAAUUCCACCCAGCGGCCAGGGAAUCGUUGCUCUUUUGGCUAUAGGGUACAUCAAAGAGCUUGCCAAAGUGAAGCAUAUUGAUUUGCGUUCGUUGAAACACAAUUCGGCUGAGUACUUGCACUUUGUCACUGAAGCAGUCAAGCUUGCUUUCUACGACUCUGAAGAGCUUGUGGCAGAUAUCGAGUUCCACCCAGAAAUCGACUACAAAAAGGCUCUCACCGAAGAAGCGCUUGCCAAAAGAGCCAGCUUGAUCAAGAGAGAUUCUGUGUUGCACCGUGAACAAAUCGAAGGUGAACAUGUAACCGGGCCGGUCCCCAACCCCAUGUACAAAGCAGAUACUGUUUAUUUUACAGUCACAGACAAGGACGGCAACGCAUGUUCGUUUAUCAAUUCGGUUUUUUCUUCAUUCGGAACAGGCAUUAUUCCAGAUAAGUACGGGUUCUCUCUCCAGAGCCGUGGCGCCAACUUUAACUUAACUCCAGGCGCCAUCAACAGCUUGGAAGGCGGUAAGAGACCGUACCACACAAUCAUUCCAUCGCUUAUCACGGAACUCACCGAUUCUCAGCAGCACGAGCUCUACGCUUCUGUAGCUUGUAUGGGAGGAUGGGCCCAGCCUCAAGCACAUGUCCAGAUCAUGUUGAACAUGGUUCUUUUUGGUUUUGAUGCCCAGGAGGCACUUGACGCUCCACGGUUCUGUCUUGAACCAAACGAAGAGCACAGACACUUGGACGUGGGUAAGGGUUCCUGGGGACCUGUUUCCACUCCUCAUACGCUUGUGAAGCUUGAAGAAGGUAUUGAUAAGGAGGUUGUGGAGGAAUUGCGCCAGAUGGGCCACUGUGUGGAGUAUGUGACUGGCUGGGAAAGAGGAGUCUUUGGCAGGUCUCAGUGUAUUAAGAACUCGUCUAAGGAUGGCAGAGUUGUGUGGUCUGGAGGUUCUGACCAAAGAGGUGACGGAGCCGCCGCCGCCCAAAUCUACUGA